AGCACAGUAGGGUUGUACUUGUAGAAAUGAUUGCGUACAUACGUCGCAUACCAAAAGUUCACAUUUCAAAUGUUUUUAGUCGUAUGUACGGGAUAGACAUGGUAUACACCGUCCAACAAAAUGCUUACUUGCAGGUUCCCUCUGCACAAUGCAACAAGAAUAAAAGAUAAUAAUACGAAGAUAAAGUAAAUGGCUCAGUAGAAAAGAAAUUGAAACAUCCGCAGGUUGCAUCAUACUUCUCUCAGGGAUUUUCUCAAGUCUUCCAACUCUCAUGGGCAGCCUUUGAGGUCAGAUAAGUAGCGAACAAUGUCUCUGAUACAACCCAUGCGCCAAAUUUCAGUUUUCGAUUAGUCUCCCCAUAAAUUCUGACUUCCUAAAUUACCAAAGCUAAAAUUGAGUUCCGCUACGAGGUGUGUACGUUUUUCGAGAGGCGGUGUUUAGCACCUCCUCCGGCUCAUCGUAUACCGUAUACAGUGGAGCCAUACUUCAGGCGUUGAUGACAUAUUUCCUAGGAUUUAUGCGCUGAUAUUGUUCUCAAGUCUGUAGAUUCUACCCAGUGUUCCUGGAGGAUCUGCUUAAGUUCAAGGACACAUUUGGAGACUGGACAGAGACUCUCCUCCUACAGUAGCUGACACCAACUCUCCCACCAGCCAACCAUGUCUUCCAUAGACCCCUACCAGUACAUUAUUGUGGAGCAGCAGUUCUCUCACAAGUUCAGAGUGACGGUGGUGCGAGCUGAGAAUGUCACCAAGGGAGCACUGGGUGACCUGUUGGACACUCCUGACCCCUAUGUGGAGCUGUUCAUCCCAACUUCCCCCGAGAGCAGGAAACGAACGCGCCACAUAGACAACGACAUCAACCCUGAAUGGAACGAAACCUUUGGCUUCAUACUAGACCCAAACCAGGAGAACUUUCUAGAGAUAACGUUAAUGGAUGCCAAUUACGUGAUGGAUGAGAAACUUGGGACUGCGUCGUACAACAUCUCCAAAAUGUUGAAAACUGGUCAGACGGAGAUGGUGCCUUUUCUUAUCGGCAAAGCAACCAAUGUGUACUUAGAGAUGGCUCUGGAGGUCUGUACUAACUUGGACCUGCGGUUCAGCCUGGCCCUGUGUGACAAGGAGAAACUGUUCAGACAGGCCCGCAGAGAGAAGGUGACGUUGGGCAUCAAGAAGCUGCUAGACAUGGAGAAGCCUCGCUUCCUCCCCAGCACCCCUCAGGAGGUGCCGGUGAUAGCCAUAGUGGGUUCAGGGGGAGGCUUCAGGGCCAUGGUGGGGUUCUCUGGUGUGAUGAAGGCCCUGUAUGAGUCUGGGGUCCUGGACUGUGCCACCUACAUCGCUGGCCUCUCUGGAUCCACAUGGUACAUGUCAACCCUGUUCUCCCACCCAGAGUUCCCCUCUAAGGGGCCCAAGGAGAUCAAUGCAGAGCUGAUGAAGAGUGUGAGCAGUAACCCUCUGAGACUGCUAUUGCCCCAGCAUAUCACCAACUACAUCCAGGCUCUGUGGAGCAAGAAGGCCAACGGACAGCCCGUCACCUUCACAGACAUCUUCGGCAUGCUCAUCGGAGAGACACUCAUUCCUGCGAGAAUGGACACAAAGCUGAGUGAGUUGCAUGAGAAGGUAAACGAGGCCCAGUGUCCCCUCCCUCUGUUCACCUGUCUGCACGUCAAACCGGACGUAUCCGAGCUCAUGUUUGCAGACUGGGUGGAGUUCAGCCCAUAUGAGAUUGGAAUGGCAAAGUACGGAACGUUCAUGACCCCUGACCUUUUUGGAAGCAAAUUCUUCAUGGGAACCGCUGUGAAGCGGUAUGAGGAGAACCCACUACAUUUCCUUAUGGGAGUGUGGGGCAGUGCCUUCUCCAUUCUCUUCAACAGAGUUCUGGGGGUGAAAGACACAGUCGGGGGGAGCACCAUGGAGGAAGAGCUUGAACAGAUAAAACCUCAACACAUCGUGGGGGAGGAGAGUAUGGACAAUGACGAGGAGCCUCGGAAAGGAGGCAGUGAGAACCCGGAUGAUGAGUACCACCGCACCGCCCAGAACAGCUGGGUCCAGCGAAUGAUCACCUCCCUCUUCAGCGACUCCUCCCUGUUCAACACACGGGAGGGCCGGGCGGGGAAGGUCCAUAACUUCAUGCUGGGCCUCAACCUCAACACCAACAUGCCCUUCUCCACCUUCGGAGACUUCAUGUACCAGAACUCCUGCGCCUCCGUCGAGGAUGAGGUGGACGCUGUCACAGACCCCGAUGAGUUUGCUGAUAUCUACGAGCCCUUGGACGUGAAGAGUAAGAAGAUCCAUAUAGUAGACAGUGGUUUGACCUAUAACCUCCCGUACCCCCUCAUCCUGCGGCCGCAGCGUGGCGUCGACCUCAUCAUCUCCUUCGACUUCUCAGCUCGCCCCAGCGACUCCAGCCCGCCCUUCAAGGAGCUUCUGCUGGCUGAGAAGUGGGCCCGGAUGAACAAACUGCCGUUCCCUAAGAUCGACCCUAAAGUGUUUGACCGCGAGGGCCUGAAAGAGUGCUACGUCUUCAAGCCAAAAAAGGGGGAACGGAACUGCCCCACUGUCAUCCAUUUUGUCCUGGUCAACAUCAACUUCAGGACAUUCAAAGCCCCUGGAGUUCCUCGGGAGACGGAAAAGGAGAAGGAGAUGGCUGACUUUGACAUCUUCGACGACCCUGAGAGUCCGUACUCCACGUUUAACUUCCAGUACUCCAACCAGGCCUUCACACAGCUCCACGACCUCAUGGAGUUCAACACGCUCAACAACAUCGAGGUGAUAAAAGAGGCCAUUAAGGAGAGCAUCGUGUACAGGAAGGAGAAUCCAUCCCGCUGCUCCGUGUCCCUCUCACUCAACGAGAUCCAGAACAAAAUGUUCCUGAAGCGGGAGAAACCCCGGAAGUGAGAGCCGGAAUGCCGGGAAGAGCAAGGUCAAGCUAUCAGACGAAACUGGCAUUGGAGAGUGGAGAUUUUCCUAUAUUUUUACAUUUUUCAUUAGGGAAACUUUGUUGGUUUGUUUUGUCCAUCUAAUGUGAAUGAAGAGGGUUUGGUGUAAACCAUGGAAACCUGUGGUAGAUAUCACUGAACAACAUGACAAAGACUUGUUAUGGACCCUAAAGUUGAGUGAUAUAAAGUCUGAAGAGAUGUUAAAAUAGCAGUAAACUAAA